UUACUCCUAAAACAUUACAUCGAAAAAUUAAGAGUCGAUUGUUUAGUUGUAAAAAAUAGUAGUUUUAUUAAUUAUUAAAAGGUUUAUUUCGGUGUAUUCCCGUGCUUUUUGAUUCUCUCCAUGACUGAGUUAAAUGUCGUGACAGUCUUCUUCUUAUUUGAUAAAGUUUUAGGUGUUCUAUUAACUGUAAAACUACUUGGCUCGUCUUCAAAAUCAAAUUCCAUAUUCUUUGUUUGUCCACUGUGAAAAGUGAGUGAAAUUAAUAUAAAAUUUUAAUAUAUAUUUAUAGCUUAAUUAAACAAGUACCUUUCUUUAGGCUGUGUUUCGAAAACUGGAGUGACUUUUUCUUCAACUUUUUGUUGAAUAUUCUUUCGUCCUGGACAUUUCCAAUCUAGUUCUAUAAAACUGUGUGUCUCAAGAUCUACUUUUAAUUAAAGUACAAAAAAUAAGAAAACAUGAAUUCUCAAAAUCCUAAAAUUCAAAAGCCGGCAAAUCCCGUAGAAAAGGCUUCGAGGAUUAGCAAAAUGUCAUUUUGGUGGAUGAAAGAUUUAUACAGAAUGGGAUUGACAAGAGACAUAACAGAGGAUGAUGUCUAUAAAAAUCUUGAUCAUCACGGCAGUGAUAGAAUCGCAAAAAAAUUCACAAAAAUUUGGAAUGAAGAGCUGGAGAAAAAGAACCCUAGUACUUUAAGAAUGAUGUGCAAGGCUUAUGGUGCACCUGUGAUUAUUAUUGGAAUGUUAUUUUCAAUUAGUGAAACAAUAUUUAGAUGUGCUCAACCAUUACUUCUCGGCGAGCUUUUAACAAAUUUCUCCGAUGAAACUGCAACAAAAGAAUCUUCAUAUAUUUAUGCCACUGGAAUUGUACUUUGUUCACUACUUCCUGUUUUAACAUUUCAUCCUUUUAUCUACUAUAUUUUUGAAGUUGGAAUGAAACUCAGAGUGGGAUGUUCAAGAUUAGUUUAUGAUAAGAUUCUAAGGAUAACAAAAUCAGCUCAAGAAGACGGACUUCAUGGGAAAGUUAUAAAUUUAUUAUCGAAUGACUUUGCGAAAUUCGAUCUUGCACUUGCAUUUCUUCAUGAUCUUUGGAAAGGACCAUUCGAGACGAUCUUGCUUGGAUUCUUAAUUUAUCGAGAAGUUGGGAUAUCUGGUGUGAUUGGAAUAGUUUUUAUUUUGUCCUUCAUUCCUAUUCAAUCUUAUAUUGGAAGAAAAGCAGCACAUUUUCGUAAUCAGACAACAAAGCGAACAGAUGUGCGAGUAAGAUUAAUGAAUGAAAUCAUAAAUGGUAUUCAAGUAAUCAAGAUGUACUCAUGGCAAGAGAAUUUCGCUCAAGUUAUAGACAAAGUUAGAAAGAAGGAAAUGUCAGCAGUCAAAGGAAGCAACUAUAUAUUGGCACUUUUAUAUACUCUUUGGGCAGUUGCUAGAGUUUCAUUAUUCCUUACUCUUAUUACUUACAUUUAUUCUGGAAAUGUGUUAACUGCACGAAAAGUAUUUAUACUAACUGCUUACUACAAUAUUUUGAAUAUGUCUAUGGUACAUUUUUGGCCAUUAGCUAUUACUUUCUGCGCAGAAGGAUAUGUCUCUUCAAAACGAUUGCGGGAAUUUCUUUUGAUGUCUGAGACUAAGAAGAAGCCAUUAUUGAUUAUGGAAUCCAAAGAAAAAGAUGAAUUAAAGAAAGAUGGAAUGUCACAUCAUCGUAUUCAUCAUGAGAUUUCUUGCGAUUCACAGAAAGCUAUAAUUUUAAGAGAUGUAACAGCAAAUUGGAUUAGUACAGAUUUAGAAAUAACCACAGGACUUAAUUCUUUAAACUAUGCAUUUAAAAAAGGAAAUACAUAUGCUCUUAUUGGAACUGUGGGUUCCGGAAAGUCAUCAUUUCUACAAGCCAUUCUUGGCGAACUUGAAAUUGAUUCUGGGUCUUUAGAAAUUUUCGGUACAUUAAGUUAUUCGAAUCAAGAAGCUUUUCUUUUUGAAGGAACUGUCCGUAAUAAUAUUUUAUUUACUGAAGAGUUUGAUGAGAAAAAAUAUUCAAAAGUGAUUGCUGCAUGUGGAUUAUCUAAAGACUUUGAGCAAUUAGAAAGUGGAGAUCAAACGUUUGUUGGAGAAAAGGGAGUGUCAUUAAGUGGUGGACAAAAGGCUCGAAUUAAUUUAGCACGUGCUAUAUAUAAAGAAGCUGAUAUUUACCUUCUGGAUGACCCAUUAAGUGCUGUAGAUAGUGAUGUGGGAAAUACUAUUUUCUACGAGUGUGUAAUUAAUUACUUGAAAGAUAAAACGGUGCUUCUUGUGACACAUCAAUUACAAUAUCUUCAUCAAAUCGAAGAUAUUUUGGUUCUUGCAGAAGGUCAAAUUAGAGCGAGUGGGUCAUAUGAGGAAUUAAAGGAUAAAGAAAUUGCAAGUUUACUACCAGUUGAAAAAUCAAAUGCUCAAGAAAAAGAUGUUGAUGAAAAUUUUAAGGAACUUACAAAGCAUAUUAAUGUCAAAAAAGAAGACGAACCAGAACCAUAUAGCGAAAAGGAGACACAAGCGGUUGGAAAAGUGAGAUUAGAAGUAUACAAAAAGUACCUAAAGUCAGUACAAAACAUUCCUUUAGUGAUUUUCGUCUUAUUCCUUCGUGUACUUAAUCAAUCCAUUGCAUCAUUUAUUGACUAUUUUGUUGCUCAAUGGGUUAAUUGGGAGGAGUCUGUUGCUAAUCAUUCUAAUAGUUCUGUAAGCAUUAAUGAUACUGUGAUAUUAAAUGCGGAUUUAGACGAUAUAAAUCAAACGAGACAGAUGUUUAUUAAUAUCUAUAUUGGAAUCAUUUGCAUCUUCAUUUUCGUUAUACUAAAUGCUGAAUUUUCCUUCUUUUAUUCGCUUUUAAGAGCUUCAAUUAAUUUACACAAUUCAAUGUUUCGAGGACUAGUCAACACAUAUAUUCAAUUUUACAAUCAAAAUAGUUCAGGUAGAAUUCUUAACCGAUUUUCGAAAGAUAUUGGGUCCAUUGACACACAACUACCAAACUGUCUUUUUGAAUGCAUUUGCUUUGUCCUUGAAUUUUUCGCAAUAAUGAUUCUAGUAUCACUUGUCAACAUCUACUUCACCAUUCCAACUUUAAUACUGACAGUUUUUCUGGUGGUUUUUAGACAAAUCUACGUGAAUACUUCCAGAAAUAUAAAGAGGGUUGAAAGUAUUACUAAAUCUCCCAUUUUUGCACACACAAAUGCCACUUUACAAGGAUUAAGCACAAUUCGAGCUUUGAAAGCUCAAAACGCCGUGACAUCCAAUUUCAAUUCUUACAUUGAUACAAACACUUCGGCAUGGUUUAUGUUUUGGACGGCAACAAGAGCUUUUGCUUUUUGGCUUGAUAUGGUCUGUGUAAUUUAUAUUGCCGUUGUUACUUUUACUUUCAUUGAAAUGGAUCAGAGUAAUUUACCUGGCGGGAACGUAGGACUUGCAAUAACACAAAUUAUUGGCAUCAUAGGAAUGACUCAAUGGGGAAUAAGGCAAACAAGUGAAUUAGAAAAUCAAAUGGUUUGCGUGGAGAGAGUUUUAGAAUAUGCAAACUUACCAUCUGAAGUCAGAGAUAAAAAACCACCACCUAGAAAUUGGCCUACAGAUGGAGAAGUUGAGUUUGAAAAUGUUUCACUUUAUUACAAGAAUGAAGAAUGUAAAGCUGUAAUCAAUAAAGUCAACUUUAAGAUAAUGCCUCGAGAAAAAGUAGGAAUUGUAGGUAGAACGGGUUCAGGGAAAUCAUCGAUUAUACAAGCAUUAUUCCGAAUGACAAGAAUUGAGGGAAGUGUUAAAAUCGAUGGAAUUGACACUCAGCACAUUAACCUUUGUGAAUUACGUAGAAAUGUAUCUAUUAUUCCACAAGAUCCAGUUUUAUUCUCCGGAUCUUUGAGAUUUAAUUUGGAUGCUUUUAAUGAAAAUACUGACGAUGCAAUUUGGAAAGUUCUUGAGCUUGUUGAAUUAAAAGAGACAAUAAAGUCAUUGGCAGGUGGAUUAGAAACUAAAAUAUCUGAUGGUGGAAGUAAUUUUUCUGUUGGUCAAAGACAACUCAUUUGUCUUGCACGUGCCUUGCUAAGAAAAAACAAAGUUCUAGUGUUGGAUGAAGCCACAGCAAAUGUGGAUUUUGAAACAGAUAGAUUGAUUCAAAAGACUAUUACUGAAGAGUUUGCUGACUGUACUGUCCUUACAAUUGCUCAUCGUCUUCAUACAGUAAUAAAUUCGGAUAAAAUUAUAGUUAUGGAAAAUGGCCACUUAGUUGAAUGUGGCAAUCCUCAUCUCUUACUUAAAAAUGAACAUGGAUACUUACGAAAACUAGUUAAUCAAACUUCUUUGUCAUUGCUCGAUGAAGCAGAAAGACACUAUCAUUUAAAAGCAGAUGAAAAUAGCCUUAAAAAAAUUAACUAGGUUCCAACGUUAAUUAAAAAUUAAAUAGGUUUAUACUUAAUAAGACAUAAAGUGCAAAAUUUGUUAAAAUUUACUUAGUAAAAACAUUGAAUUUCAAAGCAUAUACUUUUUAUGCAUAUCACUUACUUAAAAUUUGCCUUCCAUAGUUAAGGAGAAUAGUACUUAAAACUUUGUAAUAAAAACUGCC